AUGGCGAACUUUUUCAUCGAGCAGCAGCUGGGAGCUGUGGCGCGAGAGCAAGGGACCUCGGUCCGAAGCUUAAGGAGUCGGAUCAGAGAAGUGACAUCGGGACUGACACUCGCCACUGCGUGCAGCGGCACGGAUUCUCCCAUCGUCUUGGCCAAAUGCUUGGGCCUGGAGAGCAGCUUUAGCUGCGAGUUCGACAAGCUCAAGCAGGAAUGGAUCAUGGCCAACUUCCCUGAGGUCCAGCGGCUCUUCUGUGACAUCAAGACGUUGAGGCGCAAUGAGGUCUUGAAUUUGAUCACUGGAGCCAAGGAACGCGUGCCUUCAGCGGACAUUUUCAUUACUGGCUUCGUUUGCAAGUCGGUUUCUACGGAGAACAAUGACCGCAAGGCCUACAAGAACUGCAUCAAGGAGGGCAGUGGUGAGACCGGUGAGACGUUUAGUGGAAUGAUGGAUUACAUCAAGAAGCAUACGCCAUUGGUGGUGAUUGCAGAGAACGUGAAGGGGAUCACCACCAAGAAUGACGGCAAUCCACCGGUGAUUCUUCAAGUGGUAGAUGCAAUGAAGAAGGCAGGGUACCAUUUUGACUACAAGCUCCUCAACACGAGCGACUUCAUCAUUCCUCAAAGCCGCAAUCGUUGUUGGAUGGUGGGCCUUCGCCGCGACCAGUUCAGUGAAUGCGAUGUCGAGGAGAUCUUCGACAUGGUCGAGCAGAUGAAGUCUCCGGCGAUGGAUUUGAAGAAGUACUUCAAGCAUUUCAAGGUCGGUCGAAUGGGGAUGCCACCGAAGCAGACUCUGAACGCACGGCAGAGGAGGGUCAUCAAGGCUGGUUUGAAGAAGGCGAAACAGCGAAGCCCUCGUGAUCAAGUGAUCGUCGACGUGGCCAAGAGCGACAAGAGAGCACCAACGCAGCUGAAUCGCACGCCCUGCUUGGUGGCCAACAGCACCCCGUUUUGGCACAAUCAGAAUCGCUUCUUGAGUGCUGAGGAGGUGCUGGCCCUGCAGGGCAUCUUUGCCAAGGACUUCAAGGCAGCGAAGAAGACCUUCCUCACCAAGCACCGCAGGCUUUGCCACGAUUUGACGGGGAAUGCCUUUUCGAUGUCGGUGUGUUCUGCUGUCUUGAGCAGCGUCUUGCUGAAGCUUUGCGAUGUGUGA